AUGGAUGAAAAGAGUUCGUGCGAGGGCGCGUGUUCGAGGGACACCCCACGAUUGAGCGAAAGUUCCAUCGAAGAAGGACUCCGUCAGCGACCGUUGUGGCGGCGCACCGCGGAUGGGCGCGCGAUCUCACGCGCGUUCACUUCAAAGAACUGGUCCGCGGCGAUGGAGUUUCUAAACGCCGUGAGCGUCGUCGCCGAGCGCGAAGGACACCACCCGGACGUCGCCAUUAAAAAUUAUCGCGACGUGGAAGUGGUGAUCGCCACACACGCUAUCGGGGGACUCUCGCGGUUUGACUUCAUCCUCGCUGCCAAAAUAGAUGCGGAGUGCGCGGCGACGUACUCGCCGAAGUGGGCGCGAGAAAACGGCUUGGCUUAG